UCCUAUAGUAUUUGAUAGAUAAUUGUUUAUGCAUACAAGUUGCAAGUGAUACGUACUUUCAAUAUAAACUGAGGUUUCAAAAAAUCCAUAUCCAAAAACAUGAUCCCCUGCCUGAAAUUCACCGAUUUAAUUAGUCUCCCUUUGCCAUUUGCCUUGUUUUAGCUUUUCAGUUGCAUUCUCAGCUUGUUUUAAUCUCCUUUAUGAUCUUCUAUUUCGAGCAUUAAUCAGCUAGAUGGCGAAUACAGAGACAAUAAGAACGAUAGUUGGAAUUAUUGGAAAUGUUAUAUCUUUCUUCCUCUUCCUAUCCCCUGUGCCAACGUUCAUUAAAAUAUGGAAAUUAAAGACGGUGAUGCAAUUUAGACCAGAUCCUUAUGUUGCUACUGUUCUAAAUUGUGCAGUGUGGAUAUUUUAUGGAAUGCCCUUUGUUCAUCCAGAUAGCCUACUGGUCAUCACCAUUAACGGCAUCGGUCUUGUUAUAGAAUUAAUUUAUGUCUCAAUCUUCUUUAUCUAUUCCGAAUGGCCAAAACGUCGGAGGAUUAUAAUUGCUUUGAUAAUUGAAGUAAUAUUUGUGGCGAUUGUCGUUUUCGUGACGCUUACGUUCCUCCAUGAUACCAAGUCCAGAUCCAUGCUUGUUGGAAUAUUAGCUAUCAUUUUCAAUAUUCUUAUGUACACUUCGCCCCUUACCGUCAUGCAUCGAGUCAUCAGCACCAAGAGUGUGAAAUACAUGCCAUUUUUUCUGUCACUUGCAAAUUUUGCCAAUGGAUGUAUUUGGUUCGCCUAUGCAUUCCUCAAAUUUGAUAUCUACAUCUUGGUACCUAAUGGUCUGGGAGCGUUAUCUGGAGCAAUUCAGCUCAUCCUUUAUGCAACAUAUUAUCGCUCCACCAACUGGGACGAUGAUGGAAAGUCAAGUGAAAUUGAACUUCCAGGGAACACCACACCCUAAUUUAGUUCAAUUUAGGAUUUAAGUUAGAUUUACCGAUAGUGUAACAACAACAACAUAUCCAGUAAAAUCCCACUAGUGGGGUCUGGGAAGAGUAGAGUGUACGCAGACCUUACCCCUACCCCGAAAAGGGAUUUACCGAUAGUGUAAGGAAUUUUUAAUUAUUAUCAGUACAAUUAGCGUAUUAUAGCAGGUUGCUUACUACUUUUCUAGGCUACCAGUCAAUUAUCAGAGAGAGUUCAUUAUCUCCGUGUAAAUGCAGUUUCAGCGGCUUGAUUGUGUAAAUAAUUUAUGCUUUUAGCUUCUUGUUUUGUUUCUACACAUUAGGAAUUGUGCUAUCAAAGUAGAAAAC